UGUUGAAUGAUUUGGCUACUUGUGUGCGGGAUUAGCGUCACUUUAUGAUCAUUUGGUUUAAUUUGGUGCGGGAGGAUUUCUUCUAAUUAAACACCUUUUAGUUACAGUAUCACGUUAAAAUAUCGAAGAGUGCAUGACUGAACGUGCAAGUUAGACUUCUGCUGCCCACCAUCUUCCAAGAAUUGGGAAAACGCGGGAAAGGCAGAACACUCCAGCAGGUCUGGUCAGGUCUGCAUCCGGAGUGUGAAUACAUCUUCCAUCUGGAGAAAGAGAAGCGACGGUGUAUGAGGGAGAUAUGGAGGCAUGAGAAUGUCAGCACUGCAGGUUGCCCCCCACUGUGGGACUCCGUCGCAUGCUGGCCGAGCGCCGUGAUUGGCCAGAUCGUCCACACUCCCUGCCCCCUGGUCUUCUCCUAUUUCCACAACAGCACAGGGGCAGUGAGCCGAAACUGCACGGAGGCUGGCUGGUCCGGGCCACACCCUCCUUAUUACAUCGCCUGCAGCGUGGAGGACCAGAUCCCAGAGGAGUCCUACUUCACCACAGUGAAGAGGAUUUACACGGUGGGGUACAGCACCUCCCUGGUGGCGCUUGUCAUAGCCGUGGCCAUCCUGCUGCGUUUCAGGAGGCUCCGUUGUGCUCGUAAUCACAUACACGUCCAGCUCUUCCUCUCCUUCAUCCUGAAGGCUGUAGCCGUGCUCAUAAAGGAUGCUGCCCUUUUCGCCAGCGAUGACAUCGACCACUGCACGCUUUCAACAGUCGCGUGCAAGGCCUCGGUGGUGUUCUGCCACUACUGCGUCAUGACCAACUUCUUCUGGCUCCUGGUGGAGGGGCUGUACCUCAACACCCUCCUGCUCUCCUCCCUCCACCACUUCCUGUGCUCGUUCGUCCUGCUGGGCUGGGGGGUUCCUGUAGUUUUCACCAUCCUGUGGAUUGUGACCAGGGUUUAUUUUGAAGACACAGAGUGUUGGGACGUUAAUGAAGACUCUCCAUAUUGGUGGAUCAUAAAAGGACCCAUCGUUGUGUCUAUUGGGGUAAACUUUGUCCUGUUCCUGAACAUAAUCAGAAUCCUGGGACAGAAACUGAACCCACGUCUGAUUCACUUCAACAACUCUUCACACUACAGGCGAUUGGCCAGGGCCACUCUUCUGCUGAUUCCGCUGUUCGGGACGCACUACAUGGUGUUCAGCUUCCUGCCGGACCACGUGCAGGUGGACGUGCGGCUCUACGUCGAGCUCUGCUUCGGGUCCUUCCAGGGCCUUAUCGUGGCAGUGCUGUACUGCUUUCUCAACAAGGAGGUCCAGACGGAGGUCCGGAUGAGGUGUCUGCGGUGGCAGGAGAGCAGCUACGGGGCGGUGACACCAGGAGCCAAGGGGAGUCAGAUGGACACACCCCAAAUGGACACACCCUUCUAAGACAAUCCCCCCCCCUCCAAAAAAAAAAAAUAUAUAUUGAAAUGGUGUAUUUAAAUUUAACCGUGCAAUCCAUCAAAUGAAUUGAUCAAGCUUCUUAAUGACAAUUAACCGUUAAUCGAUUAACCGUUAGUUAACAUGCCUAAUACAGAGAUGAAGAGGGUGGUGACAUGUAGGCAGGCAGACAGGCGCUCUGUGUAAAGAGCCUUCAGCCUGGAAUCGCGUAAGAAUCGUUUUGCUGUGGCCCAAUCUGUGAGCGCUGAUGUGUAGGUUUAUUAAUUGACCAGCCCUGGUCAGUGGUCUCCUUGCAUCCCAUAAUAAUCGAGCAAUGUGGUGUUGCCGACCUGGGGCUGGUCUCUACACCUCUCUCAUGUGUGGGACCCAGAGUUGCUAAGAGUUUCCCCUCUGCCUGCACAUCAACGGUGUGCCCACCAGGGGGCAGUCUCUGCUCGGUGUGAUGCUGUUGAAGAUCUGCUCCGAUUGCCAUCUUCCUCACCCUGUGAGUCACCGCAGUAUUCAUUCAUGUCCAUGGUCAGAAAAUGCACUCGCAAACUGCACUGGGCAGAGUCUUUUUUUCUUCUUCUUGUUUUUUUGAUGAAAAAUUAUAACUGGUAUGUCACAUGCAGUGGUCAACCAUAUGUACAGCAAGUGCACAGUGCACAGUUAUGACAAAUAAUUGAUUAUGGUUAUAUUUGUAAUAAUCUCAUAAAGUGACAGUUAUUAGUCAUGUGUCUGAUGCCCUUGUUUGACAGUGUUAUGUCUGAAAUUGAUUAUUGCAUGCAUAUAUUUAUAUAUUAUAUAUGGAUGUGCUAUGAGCAGAAUCAUGUGAUAAAUGUCGUAAACUCA